AUGCAUUCUGCUCUACUAUUGGCCAUCGCGGCCCUUCCAUUCCUUGGUGCUGAUGCUCUCAAAUCUAGUACUACCGCUCUUUGCGGUAUCCAAUCUGGAAACAAGCUCACUUGCAAGAACUCUGUGUUCGGGAAUUGCUGCUCCAAAAGUGGAUUUUGCGGUUCGUCUUCAACGUACUGCGGAACGGGCUGCCAGGCUGGCUUUGGUGACUGCAAGUCGUCUCUUCCAACAAUAGUAAAGUCUUCUUCAGCAUCAGCAGAACCUUCUUCAGCGUCACCAAAAUCACAAACGACGUCAGCGACAAUUUUUGCCUCGUCUGUAGCGACAACUUCAGCGAGUUCGAAACUAUCUACAGCGUCUGCCACCUCGACCUUGUCCACAGUGACAUCAUCUCGGAUUCCUGUGACAUCGCGCCCAUCGUCCACACCCACUUCUUUGACUUCUGAAGUAUCGUCUUCGUCCGUUGGAGAUGUGCAGGUCUCCAAAGAUUCAGUCUCAUCAUCCACACCGUCGUCUUCAGCUCCUGUAACAUCUUCCUCGUCUAUUCCAGAUUUGAAAGUCUCGGCGGAUGGAAGUUGCGGUGGAACCCAAGGAUUCACGUGCUUAGGGUCUUCAUUUGGCAAUUGCUGCAGUGAGUAUGGAUGGUGCGGAAGCACCGGCACAUACUGUGAUGCUGGCUGCAAUGCUCCUUUCGGAACAUGUAAUGGCGCCAGCUCUUCCGUCCAGCCAUCGUUAUCUGCCAGUCCAGCAUCGUCUUUGUCGACACUGGCCCCAUCCUCAUUCACUACUUUGACCAGGACCACCUCAGCUACACCGUCUCCUACACAGGUUGUAUCCACCAAUGGAGCAUGUGGAGCAAGUCCCGACGGAAUUACCUGCUUGGGAUCAGCAUUCGGUGAUUGUUGCUCACAGUACGGUUACUGUGGAAGCAGCAGUGCCUUCUGUGGAAUAAGUUGCCAGAGCGGAUUCGGAAAUUGCGACGCACCUACAGCACCAGACAACACCUGUGGUGUGGAGGGCUUUGCUAACGAGGCCGAGUACUACGCCUCCUCGUUCAAUCUUGUCGAUGCCACGGACGUCUCGACAUGUGCCGCCCUGUGCUUGGCUGAGGAUGGAUGCUUGAGCUACCUCUUCAAUCCUGGCCUUCAAAACUGCGCUUACCUCAUGCAAUCACUAUCACAGGGCGAAUUCAUCGCGACGGCCGGGACGAACCAGUUUUUCUGGGAUCGGGCAUGCGCAGAGGCCACAACAGCAUAG